AUGUAUCCUGACAUGGACUGUCGUAUCAUUGUCGCUGGCGGAGAUGGCACACGGAAAUUGCCCGUGGCUUUUUUGCCACUGGGUACUGGUAGUGAUCUGAGUAGGACUUUAGGAUGGGGACCUGGUCAUGAAAAGUCAACCGACUUCGUCGAGAUCUACCGUGACAUAAGAAGUGCCAUGAUCGCGAAAUUAGGCAGGUGGACGAUUGAUAUUAUUCACAAAAGGCAGUUAGGUAUUCGUGCCAAAACAAACGAUUCAGUAUGGUAA